AUGGUCAGUCUUGAGAAAGUGUUUAUUGCCAAUGUAGUGAUGUAUAUUGAUACCAUAGAGACUGCUCUUCUAUUGAUACAAGUGAACAAGAAGUGCAAAGAUGCUUUAGAGAUCUUACAUAUCAAUCCUGGUUUUGCCAACAAACUGUCACUCAAUCAAAAACUUAAAGAAGACGACUUAUUUGAGUAUUUUCGAGUUCUUUCCAAAGAAAUUUCGUUGUUUCCACAUAUUCAGACUUUUGUCCUUCAACAGCGCCAAAACGUCUUUCUGGGGUGUUUGCCGUACUUACCAAAAGAGUCUCAACUCGUGAUGAAAUUAGCGGGCUAUGUUUCAUUAGAAGAAAUUUUAAGUGAAAAUUACUUAAUGAGAAUAGUCGAGGUCGACCUCAUGUUUCACUCCGACUUACAAUUAACAGUUCUCAUCAACUUAAAGAAGGUCAGACUCACUACACUCAGUUCGUCCAGAAAUGUUAUACAAUGCUUCGGGAAUGAUCAGGUACUGAACUACGCUCGCGUCUAUUUUAACAACACCGUGGAACAGUCAUUCAUCGACGGCUUCACUCAGUUGCCCAUUUCAAACAGAGUCGUCGUCACCCUCGACGCUUCAGAGUUCUGUAAACUAAAAGAAAAUAGUUCAUUUACUAAUAAAGUUACUAUAUGCAUUCGAUGUUAUGAUGAUGUCAAAGCAGCCGUACCUGUGGUCGAUUUGUUAAACCGCAAAUUUAUAAAGACGUUUGAGACUAAAGUGGAGGACUUGAGGUUGAGCAUUCCGUCUUCUAUCAUUAUACAAAAGGACAGUAAUGACCAAAAAGUGCUUGAUCUGAGAACUGAAAAAUACGUGGAAAGUGUUGAUGUACUUGCGAAUAAUAUUGUACUACUGCCACAGACUUUAACGAAACUUGGAAUCUCAAAUGCUAUAAAUAAACGGCCUGAAUAUAAUCAAUUACUCAAUUCUGUGACGCACGCUGUACAUCUCGUACGCUCCGAUAAACUUUCGUAA